UUCGACAUAUAAAGGUUUUGGCUUGUUGUGAAGAUUUGAAGCCAAAGAGGGAAUCGAGAGGAGAGACUACGAUUCACUUACGAGAAGAUUUCUCACAGGGAAAGAAGCUAUGGACUUGGCUCUUCAUUUUCCUUCGUUGAUCAAACAAGGAUUCACCAGAGCCAAUCAUCUUCCUGUUCGAGAUUCUCUUUCAACAAGCAUUGGGCAGAGUUUUUCGAGAACAGCGUUUGAUGGUGAUAGAAGAAGCUGGCCUGGAGAGAAGGCUUGGUGGUCUUCCUCCCUAACUAGGAGAUCCAAGAAAGGAUCUGUUGUUUGUUGCAAGAAUCCGUCUGAUGAACAGAGCUCAGACUCGAGUAAAUCGAAGCAAGAGGAGAUCAUUGCUCUCUUAAGUCGGAUUCAAGCUUCAAUCUCCAAAGGAGAGUCUCAGGGAGCUGAUGAGAAGAACAGCAAUGACUCUUGUGGGAAUGGGUCGCUGAGUAAAGCUAUUCUUGACGUUCUUGAGAAACCAAGAGAGAAAACUGAAGGAGAUGCUGGUCUAAGGAAAGAGCCACCUAAGAGACAAGUAGCUCGGCCACCGUCUAGUUUUGCCAAGAGAGCUCCUACUAGACCAUCUGCUUCAGAUCCAAGAGGUAAGCUUCCAAUAACAAAGAGCAGUAUGGAAGAAACAGAGAAGGAAGAGAAACCUCCAUUGAUUGAAACUAUGAAACUUGCAGAGCUCAAAGAAGUUGCAAAGAACAGAGGGCUCAAAGGAUACUCAAAGCUAAAGAAGAGUGAGAUUCUGGAGCUAAUCAGAUCCUCCUGAAUUUAAAUCUCAGUCCACAUUCUCUCUGCUAUGUAAAUUAGAGAAACACAGAUAUGGCUUGGAGUUGUUUUUCAAAAUAGAUAAAGAGUUCUAAAAUUGAAAACGAUAACCUCCAAAAAUUGUUCA